AUGCCAAUCACACGAUACCAAGCCGCGCGCAACCAAGCCGAACGUGAAUUGUUAACUAGCGUUAAUAAUAUACAGGAUGUUUCAGUAAUCCGGGACAUCCAGUCAUCUCUGGAGAUCACCGCGAACGCCGCGGAUUCCAGCGCCGACAUGUCCACCGGUUCGCCCACGGUAGCUCCGGGGAGCUCCAGCGUUGCCGACCGUGUUGCGUCGUGGAUGCCCGCAACUUCACCGCCGGUCGCGUGGAAGCCUAGCGGAAUCCAGGAUGCUUCCGCGUUGGGAGGUAGCCAAGGUGCCACUUCGGAUGCUCCGAGACGCUCCGACGUGGGGGUGACACAGCAUCCAUACGUGUUGGCUGGCGGCUUGCCUGAAAUUAACUGCCAUGAUGCUCCGGGGCAUGCUGGACCCUGGAUUGCUCAGCAACCUAGCAUGAUGGCUUCCGGGUCUUUUCCGGCUGUAAUCGGUGCUGCUCCGGGAUGCUUCGACCCUUGGAGGGGCAACCCACAUCCCACGAUGUCAUCCGGACCUUUCUCCACUGUGGCCAAUGCUGCUCCGGGAUCCUCCGACCCUUGGAGGGGCAACCCGCAACCCACGAUGUCAUCCGGACCUUUCUUCACCAUGGCCAAUGCUGCUCCAGGAUGCUCCGACUCUUGGAAGGCCAAUCCACAUCCCAUGAUGGUUCAUGGACCUUACCAUCCCCUAAUAGGUGCUGCUCCGGGAUGCUCCGACCCUUGGAGGGUCAACCCACAUCCCUUGAUGGCUCCCGGACCUUUUCCAACCAUGUUCAAUGCUGCUCCGGGAUGCUCCGGCUCUUGGGAAGGUAAUCAGCGUUCUAACGUCGCUCCUGACGUUUAUACCACCGCAGCUCCGGCUGCUCCGAGUUAUUUAGCUUCAGCAGUACCUGGACCUGGCCAAGGAAAUGUCCAAUAUUUCAAAGAGCAACCGCACCCUGUAAAUAUCAUCGGAGCUGGACCAUCCAACCCCGAUGUCUUACGUUUACAACAGUACCUACGGAUUUUCUAUGAGCAGAUACCUUCUCUAUGCUGGUUUUGA